ACCCACAACACGCAAGCGCAGUACACGUUGUCUGGCAGUGGUAAACAGACGUCAGAAGGGAGUCUUCGCCUCGAGUCAAAACAAAACAAAACAAUAUAUACGAUGACUGAAUAUUUUGACAUCCAUAAUAGACACAAGUUUAGCAAAACUAUCUACUGAAAGGGGCAAAUUCCAAAGGAAGGUACUGAAGGCAUUUUUCCGACUUUUGAAAGGAUUUUAAACUCCGAAAUAACUGGAGUUAGCCAGCUAGCUAGGUGGCUAUUACGCUAUUUCCACAACUACGUUUGGUGUGUUGAGAGUGCAGCCGAUGUGUAAGAGAGUAAACUUCAAGAAAUCGUGGAUUCCGAACCGUGCUUUACCGUGUCCAGGGGACGAGGACUGACUCAAGUUAGGCACAUUCUGAAGGUUUGUGCCCGCGUGAGCAUCGUGUGCUGCCGCUCCUCGGCGUAGAGAAACAUGGCAGAUGGCGACACGCGCUUGCCCACAAUGUGGAGGAGAGUGCAAACCUGAAUCAGAAAACCACGGACUUUCUGAUCGAUUGUUUUCCUCAAAUUUUUGUUACAGACCAUCAUGAUCAAACUGUUCAGUAAGGUUUUGCUCUCAACAUUUAUUUUUGUCAGUCGACUUAAAUUACUCAACUAGCCUGUAGCGGAAAGUAAUGCUGUAGCGGAAAGAAACGACAUCCAGCAUAACAUUACUGUUUUGACUUAUUUUCAGCAGUAAACGUGGCAUUGGUUAGAUAAUCAAAUAUAGCAUACUUUUUACUUGAAAUAUUGAUCAUCUUAUUGCUAUAGCUCCAUGAAUCCCCAAAGUGACAUUGUUUCACAUGUAUGAGUGACGGCUAGAUGUAUUGUGUAUUUUGUUAUCAAUUAGUUGUUGUUUACAUAUAUAUAUAUAUAUAUAUAUCACAAUUAGAAUUGUGAUAUAAAUAUUGUAACUAUAUAUCUGCUCCAGUAUUCUAUUGAAGCGCGAGGUUAUUUCUACGUGCGAAGGAGCGAAACGGCACGUUGUUUACAAGGGCAGACCGAGGCAUCGUUAAAUUUAGCUAGUUGAUCAUUUGUAACGAACGCUCUUUUGUGACAGUGACCCACUGUUUAAUCCUAAUUUGUGGGUUCUUUUCAAGUAUAUGUUCUUGAGGGCGACUCUAUUUUUAUUUUAACUCAAAGGGCAAUAUUAUUUUUUGAAGGAAGACGCAAUAAAUAAACAUUUAAAUUUAUAGUGUUGUUAUAGUUUUAAUUUUAUAGCUACUUUCCCUUUAAUUAGGUCACCUUUUCACAAACUUCGCAUAGAUUUACAUUGUCUCAAUAUUAAAACUACAAACUAUCAAAACUAAACGGAGACGUUUUUUUAUUAUAUAUAUACCCCACAGCAACGUUUUACCAUAACACGUUAUGUGGGCCAUCAAUUGCAUUGUUUUCUGAUUGCAAUCCAGAUGUUUUGGUGUGCAUUCCUCCCUGAAUUCCCUUUGUUCUUUUAUACUAACAAAGGAACCCUCAUCACAGCCUUUCUUUGCUCUAUGUAAAUCGGAAGGUUUAUAAUAGUUACUAUUAAGGAGAUUAUUUGGGUCCCCUAAUCUCCAUUCUCAGGAUUAACGGACGCUAUAUUGGUGUAUCCAGAUUGUGUCUUUCUUCUACAAGUCCCCUUAAUAGAGGAUGGAAAAUAGCAUUUUUUUGUACGAUAGUUUAAGUUUAUAUUGAACUUUUGGUUAUACAAUAAUUUUAUCAGAUAAUCUAGUUUGAACAUAGACUCAUCAGAUAAUAAUAAUAAUAACAAGCAUUUCGCUACACCGGCAAUAACAUCUGCUAAAUAUGUGUAUGUGACCAAUAACAUUUGAUUUAAUAGGCCUACAUUUUGGUGUGCCUGUUACAAACACAUGUUGACAAACCUCCCCAGAUUAUAUUUUUGUUUUAUUUUUUUAUUUAGUAGAGAUUAUUCAGUCUGACUAUUAUUUAUUUUGACGUUUUAUAUUUUAAGUAUUAUUUCAUAGUAGUCAACAUUUAGAAUAGUUCAGAAGUGAAGCAAACCUUUUGUGGAAAAUCUCUUACAAUGGAGGAUUCAAAGGUACCCAAGAUUGACCCAGAUUUUGAGCCGCAAAGCAGACCUAGGUCGUGCACAUGGCCGCUCCCCAGACUCGACAUCUCAGCUGUUAAACCGGAGGGGGCAGACGGACCUGAAUCCGCUGCGGGAACCCCGCCCGCCGACGAGGAUAAGCAAGAGCAACAGCAAAUCGUAUGUGAGCCUGAGAAAGUUGUAGUCUCAGAGGGAGGAGUUGUAGCCGGAGUGGGUGGAGCCACGCCCCGAAAGGGAUCAUCCCGGCGCAAUGCAUGGGGGAACCAUUCCUACGCGGACCUGAUUAGUCAGGCUAUUGAGAACGCUCCAGAGAAGCGCUUAACCUUGGCACAGAUAUAUGACUGGAUGGUGAAAACCGUGCCUUACUUUAAAGAUAAAGGAGAUAGCAACAGCUCAGCAGGGUGGAAGAAUUCAAUUCGCCACAAUUUAUCACUCCACAACAAGUUCCUGAGAGUUCACAAUGAGUCCACAGGCAAAAGUUCCUGGUGGAUGCUCAACCCAGAGGGGGGCAAGACUGGGAAAGCCCCCCGGCGCCGUGCUGCCUCCAUGGACAACAGCAGCAAACUGCUAAAGAGCCGGAUGCGGGCCAAGCAGACCAAGAAGGCAGCAGCAGGCUUGGGUGGGACCACCGGGGGAGACGGUGAUGGCGUCGCAGACAGUCCCAACUCCUCCCAGCAGUUCCCCAAAUGGGGGGUGAACAGCGGCAGCCCCUCAUCCCGCGGUAGCCUAGACGACCCUGACAUGUGGACCAGCUUCCGUCCACGCACCAGCUCCAACGCCAGCACCCUGAGUGGCCGGCUGUCCCCCAUUGGUCCCGGCCAGGAGGAUGAGGAUGACCUGCCCGAGGAAGGUCUACUGGGCUACUCCACGGGCAACCUGCCCCCCACCCUCACCGAGACACUCAUGGAGGAGCUGGACCUGAUCGAUGGCCUGACGCUGAUGACAGAGCAGCAAGGAAGGGCUAGUCCCAGCACGGCCCCCAUGGUUCCCCCCACCCCUCUGCCCUCCGCUUCCACCUUGCUUCCCCGGGGGUCCGGGUUCCCCACAUUCCGUCAGCUGCAGCCACCCAACCUCACUCAGGCUGCCAACCAGAUCGGGGGACAGUCUUCAGGCACACAAUCUGGCAACAAUAACAACUCCAAACCCUCAAACUAUGGCAACUCCCUCUUCAACCCUAUGCCUACCCCCGGCUCCCAUGGGACUGGUCACUAUGGCACCCAUGUAGCCUCCAGCUUGGAGGCGUUGCUCACUUCGGACUCCCCACCUCCCAGUGAUGUCAUGAUGACCCAGGUGGAUCCGCUGAUGCCCAGUCCGGGUGGAGUGGGGAUGAUGGGCAUGGGGGGGCCCAUGGUGGGAGGGCGGGCCAAGCCCAACCAGCUGUUGCUGGGGAAGGGGCUUGAGCCCAACACUGUGGCACCCAUGGGGAUGCAAUCUCAACUCCAGUCCCAGCUCCAGCAACAGCACUCUCAGCUGGGCCUGGGCAUGAGCCUGUCAGGCAUGGCCCAGGACUCUCCACAGUACUCCGGCCUCAAAGCCCAGCAUGCACAGCUGCCAGGUAUGGGGCUUCACCACGGAGGGGGCCUCUCCGCCAAUGCAGGAGGAGGUCUGUCAGGGAUGGGCCAGUUCGGAACGCCGAGCUGCUUCCUGCCCAGUCAAGACCGCUUGCCCACCGACUUGGAUAUCGAGAUGUUCACAGAGAACUUGGACUGUGACGUUGACUACAUCAUCAACAGCGACCUCAUGGAUGGAGAGAGCAUCGAUUUCAACUUUGACCCCAUAAUCCAGGGAGGGCAAAGCUACUCCGGCCCUGCGACCACGCAGAGCUCCGCCCACAACUGGGUACCCAGCUAACUUUCCAGCAACCCUUGCAGUGUUAGCCAGGAGAUUAAUCAAGAACAUCAUGAAGUCAACAUUUGUCUUUGACUCUUUGUUGCGGGUAAGGAUCCCCAAUCACACAAAACUCAAUGACACUCACAACAAAGAUCACACCUGGUGCAUUCCCAUUCCUCGUCUCCCUAUUGGCUGAAGAUCUGAAGCAAUUUUUUAAAACCUUUGCGUUUGUACUUUUGAGUUUUCUUUGGAUUUAAGGACGAAACCAGACCUCAGACAUCCAUGUCACGUGCCAAUACAAGUGGAUGGUCAGGAGAUCCACAAUACAUGAGACCCCCCCCAGACCCCCUAGUAACACUUGCAACUUUUGGGGAGUUUGCCGUAUGUAUUUUGUUGUUGUGUGUUUGAGAGAAGUAUGACAGAAUUUAUUUAGAGUAAAAAGACUAAACCCAACAAACAACUCUAAACUACUUGGAGUUAAUAUAACAAUGAAUUUUAUUACUAUACCAAAGUAGUUUUAGGAUUGAUAUGGUACACCUCGUUGAUGUCUUUGAUAUUGAAGGUAAAAUGGACGGGGCACACAGGAAAACAUGGCCAGUUUUCGUAUAAAUUGUAGGUGGUGAACGAUUACCGACCACCACCAACUUAGACAUAAAAUGAAGCUGCUGCAUCUGUAUAUAUGGAAGGAAUGGGGUUCAAACACAAAAACACUCCUCUGUACCUUCCACAAUGAAAAUAUUGAGGAGUUGCAGCUGGACUAUGGAGGGGUUGGUUGUGUGGCAACAAAACCAACGUGUGAGCCACUAUGGGGCAAAACAGAAAGGGUUGCAGCUCGGUGGGCACAGGCCCAUCCAAUCAGAUUGAGAGAAAAAAUAAAUGAUAGUAAUCGUAGUUUUACCUAAACAUGCAAACACCAUUAGAUAGAAUUCAUAGCAAGCAAUUUUCGGUCAGUUUUGUUGCCGACUAACCAACCCUCAUUAACCGGUCAACAAAUGGUUACAUUUUUUCCAAACAGUAAAAUGACAUGACCAACAGAAAAUAUCCUACUAUGCAUGCAUACAAGGAACGGACAUGUUUCAUUCUGAACUUAAUGGAAACAUGCAACAACAGCAAGCCUAUCGUCUUACAGUCAAAAGGCUUUAAUGUAUUUUAUUGAACGUUCAAGUUCUGUAAUGAAGCAGCUAAUAAAACCUCCAUUUCAAACAUUUGCCAAAAUGCGAUUCGCGGGAAAACACCGUUCUAAACAGCACACCUAAUGCAAACGGUUCCAUAUGUGACAGAUAUGAAACUUAGAAAGAUAGGGAAUCUAAUAGCAACAACUAAGAUGGUUUGCUAAUAUGACUAGGAUUGUGUCUUUGGGUUCUGGACAACGAAUGAAAGUUAUGAAAACCAAUAGAGCAAUAGAAAAUGAUGGUUAAUGGCAUGAGAAAGUCUUUAUAAAAUAAUAUUUUCCUCCAUGUUUCUAUGGUUGGAUUUUGGCAAGGCUACUUUGAAGCAAGGUAAGACAUGCCUCAUUAUUUAAAGUAAAGUAAAACGAUCAGGUUUCAAACAAUUAUGCUGCCUCAAGCUCACAUUGUAAAGUGGUGGGUGACGCGCUGAUAGCCUGCCUACCGUUGACUAUAGCCUGCCUACUGUUGACUAUAGCAUAUGCACUCAAAUGGCGAAUGGGAGGUGCACUUGAAUUAUGAGUUGAAUUUGAGAAAUAAAAAUUUAUAUUUUUAACCGUGGCCAUCAAAACAGUUUACACGCAAUGACUGGGCUUAUAAAAGCAUAUUUCACUCCAGUGACAGCUUUUUGAGGAGCUACUCUCGCGCUGUCUGACAGGUGGUAGGCUAUUCUGCUCCUCAAACUAGACUCUGUAUGCUGUGCUUGUGAUAACUAAGAUGCAUGACGACUAACAAAAAUACACACACCAAUUUAAUUUCGCAAAAUUAUGCAAAGGAACCUAUAGACCUAUAAGCAUGACUGGUCAAAUGUAUUUCCGGCGGCUAACCUAUUAACCGUUAACCGUUAACAUACCUACAAGAAGUGCACUGGAAUGACAUUCAGAUGAACUGGAAUGACAUUCACUCUCAUGGGAAGGGUGGCCAAAAAUAACUAACUGAAAGCCACACUCCCAAUAAGCCAUGAAUAUGACCGCAUUGAGGCAUAUGUCACUGUGCUUCUAUGGCUAUAUGCACUAUAUAAAUGCACCAUACCACUGCCUACUUUGUUCAUUUAGCAAACAAGACCGCUCAUAAUCCAGUGCCUUUAUCACAGUCAAUACACAUAUUUGAGCUUUAAAAAUGCAAAUUUUUCCUCUGCCUCAUGACAAAAUGAAUAGAAUUGCCGUAAAUUAGGGGGAGGACCAAUUCAUUUCUGGCUACACUAUUGCAUGGGUUGGCUUAGAUUGUUGACAACAUGUAAACUAUAUUUAAUCUCCAAAUGUUUAUUGAAAACAUAAAUACAUUUGCACAAUGAGCACUUGUCUCAUAGAUCGUUAAAGUUGUUGAUUAGCUAGCUCAUUUUAGCCAUAUUAGCAUUGACAUGAAAUCAGUCAAAACACAUCAAAACAAGACAUGGUAUCAAGAACAAGAUAAAACUAGCUGAAAUGAGCAACCAACGAUUCCCCACAUGGCAACUUCUUGUCAUUGUUACUAGCCAUCUGACCAUUCAGAAUCAUAACAACGCUCCGCUUCCGGCACCAUUGUGCGUCAUUUUCGUGACGUCAGCCAACCUGUAUGACGCGGGCAAAGUGUGAAGAUGUUAAAGGUCAUUGGAUGAGACUGAGUUAAGGAUGCACGAUUUGACAUUGGACUCUGCAGGUUGAACAAACUUAGUUUAGCGUUUGAUCGCUUGAUGGUACGAAACAUGUGCUUUUUGUUUCUUUUUCAUUGAAGAGACUGGAGCUACAAGGUAACUAGGAGUUAUUUCAGUGGUAAUUCAGUAAUUGAACAGUACGGGGUAUGUGAUUAGGGCCGGGACGAUACCAGUAUCGCAAUACUCCUUAGUAUCGUGGCAAGGAAAUAAAACACGAAGCAGAUUGAACUUCUUUAUCAAAACUAUCAUUAUGUUGUCAUCCAGAGUCACAUGUAUUUAUUUUCCAAGCUAAAGCACACAAUAUUUUACAUACAGCAGGAAUUUUAAAGGACCAAAGAGUUGGUCUGCUUCGUGUUUUCAUUUUUGCGAUAGAAAAAAUAUUGCGACACUGCCAUCGUCCCGGCCACAUAUGUGAUAUGCAUUCACAGUUUGGCAUUCGUGACUCUGCUCAGUGUGUGCUAAAGAGCCGGGUGGAAAUAACUUUGGGGGAGUAUUUUUUUUUUCUCCUGGUGUGCAAUUUCACCAACAAUAUGAAGAAAUGUGAAUUGUGAACUUUUUACAGGGGGCAUUCAAAGGUAAUUUUAUUUGCCAACAAUUGAAUUGGUUGGCCAAGUGUUAUAUCAUUGAAGCAGUAUUCCUCCACUGCUGUAUGGACCACUUGAAGGUUUUGCAGAACCGUGUUGUGUUUCAAGGCACUUGGGAGUAUUUCUGUCAGGUGGCAAGCAUACUCAAAUGGCAAAAGAAGAGCCGAAAUCCAAGUUAGGUUGAAUCAUUUCAUCAGAGGAGGAAGGUUGUAUACGUGCUAUGCACAUAGACAUGACAUGCUAUGCAGAUCAAUCAGGAGAACUAAAAAUAAGUCUUGAAGGAAAUUAAGAUCUCCUUUUGAAGGGUUUUGCUAUUUAAUGUUUUCCUUAAAUGUUAUAUCGCUUUAAGUAAGGGAAACCGGGGCUUCAUGUGGGAAUCAUUUCUCACUAUUUACACUUUGUUAUACAUUACUAACCGUCUUUUUUAUGAAAUUAAUACAAUGUGUGACGUAAAAAAAAUACAUAUAUUUGACUAUAGUUUAAUAUACAAUUUAGAUGGAGGUUAUAAGUGAAAUAUUAACAGAUAUUAAUAUAUUACUAAUCAGGAAAAAAAAGUUGUUUUUUUAAAUUGGAGAAACUAUUUCAAAGAUCAUUUUUAACAGUCAUUUUCUAUAUAUUCUUUUAUUUUUGUAAAAGAUGAGAUGCAUGUAGAUUUUAUACAUAACCAAAGGAACACUAAGAAUUGCAUGGCAGAUAAGGGGGUGCUUGGGACAAGGUAUUUCAGUGCAGAUAAGCUUUGCAAGUGGAGCCUGUUCAAAGAUCUGACAUUUUAACAAAUGACAAGGCAGGUGAGGUGAGGCAAAGUGCAUGUGUGGACCAGUAUAACUUGAUUUUACAAAUUGACUUGCCAUUUAUUUAGUUCAUUUGACUUGACUAUUGUGAAAUUUAAAUCCAAAUAAAAACCUCACAUGGAAUUUACACAAUGGAGGACAUUUUGCUUUCAGCAGUGAUCUCGGGGUCAUUCAAAAAGAAUAACAAUGGAAAUAUCUUCCUUAAGGGGGUAAUCAGAUAAUCAUCAGAAUAACAACAUUUAAGGUGAAUUUCUUGGUUAAAAUAGAAGACUGGAAACCAACAGCCCCUCAUGUUCUGCCGUUUUCUUGAGUAUGGCAUCCUUGACACAAGUGUCUUGGAUUCAAGCCACUUUCAAUUUAACACUUUAAAAUAGAAAUUCUAAUUUUACUGUAAGACGGAAGUACACAAGAUAUCUUUAGUCGUAUAUCAUAAUAAUAGUCUCGUUCGAGGUUGUUAAACUGCCAAUAUUGAACACUAGAACAUGUUACUCAAUAGCAAGAUGCACCUUGUCAUUUUCCACGUUUUUUUCUUUCCUUUUGAAGAUGUGUUUUGUGUUAGGCGGAAGUUUGUAUUUAAUUCUUUGUUUAUGUCAGAAAAAAGGUUAUCGUUUAUUGUAAAGUUUUUUUUGUGUUGACCAGUUUUUCAUCUGAAAUGCAUCCUAGAUGGAGUUUUACAUGAUUGUUAAUAAUGUCACUGUAACCAUGUGAAUGAAUACAUGAGCUUUUAAUUUGUAUAAAGCACCCCUUUUCUCACAAAGAUUUUCCUUUUGAUCGGUGCUAGUUGUCAUUUAUGACAUACAUUAAGAGGGCCAUAAUGUAAUGGGUGCAUAUUUAGAUCACUUUAGGGCCUUGAAUCAUUUGUAUGCAUCACACAGAUGGAUAUCUUGAGUGAGUAUAAAGGUAUUGAUUAGUUAAAGGUCCAAUGCAGCCAUUUACAAUUAAGUACCUUACUGUGAUUGUUUUUUUCUUCAAUUAAAACAGUAAAAAUUAACAAAAAAAUGUACAGAAAUUGCUUCUUAGCAAAGAGCAAUUUCUCAAGCAAGAAUUUUGCUAGGACCGUCUGUGAGUGGUGGGGAGGGGAAAACUGAAAACUUGCUAUUAUUGGCAGAGUUUGAGUUUGGAACUCUCUUUCUUAUUGGUGUAUACUAAUGUCACCAGGCAGGCCAAAACCCCAUCCCACCAAGAGGCAGUCAUUCAAAUCUUUUCAAACAGCUUUUACACUGAAAGGGUAUAUCACAACCCCAUAGUGUGGAAAUAUUUAUAAAACACAGGAAAUCAAGUUAUUUACUGCACUGGGCCUUUAAAGAAACUAACCUUUAUUAUUUUUGUUAUAUAUAUAUAUAUAUAUAUAUAUAGUGAUCCCCAGACUUUGUCACUUAAAUAGAUUUGAAAUAAAAGUGAAUACCGUGUAGUUUGAGGUAUUUUAAUAAGCAUGUAUGAAAGUCCCAUUGAUAAACAGCAAAUCAUUUUGGUUGCUGUGAUGGAUUCCGCAGUGAUACUCAAGUCAAUGAUGGCAUAAUGGGUGGACUGGCAGCCCAUAGGAGCCAUGCAGGAAGUAAAUCAAUAUGUGCUGUGAUUUGUUGAUUCAACUUAACUGACGUUAGAAAAAAUACAUUCCAUUGCAUGAGCCACAUCAGUGAAAAUCAUUUGAAUGAACAUUCUACAUUACCAUGGAAAAUAUUGCAUCACAAUACCAGGUAGCUGUUGCGAGUGUACCAAUGUCAAAUUGCCAGGGUUAGAGGUUCCAAGCCCAUUCUAUUUCUAUGGUCAUACUAUUGUUAACAUUAUUGGCCGGGUCUUUGAGAGAUGUCCUUUCCUUAUGCAUCUUAGGGUGGGUGUGAGUGUUUGAUAGGAGUGACUGAAUGAAAGGGAAUGUGUCAUUGUUGGACAGUGGUGUAACUGUUUUAAGUGUUGACUGAAAGUGUGGUGGCCGUGUUUAAAUGCACAGUGUAUAGGGGACAUCCUUCCCAUAGGCUGUAUUUGCUAGGUCAUACCUUGAAUAAUCUGCUGGAGUUUUCCCCCACUGUCAACUACAAUUAUGGUCUUUUGACUUUUUAUUCCCUAGUCCCAGUAAUAUUUCCUUUCUUUAUAUUUUACUUUAAUACUAAUUUUCUCAUGAUAAAAGUAGCUGUUAGUAAUGUCCUUAAAAAAAUAUUUUUUUUAAAUGGCCCCACUUUGAUAAUACAGUAUUUUAGUAUGUGGACAGUACAUUUUUUUGUUUGGUUUUUAGAAGGGGUGGGGGGGGGUGUUAUCAGAGGGGUUGAUGAGUUAUGCCUAGCCAAUAUGUGUUAAUUACUUUAUUUUGAUAGUUUUUGUCUUAUUUCUUUCUCAAUCUUACUUUACAUAUUGUAAAGUCAGCCAAAGACGGCAUUGGAAACAGUUAUGGAAAGUGGAAAUAAACGUAAUCUGUUUAACCAUA